AGGUGAGGUGGACGCCGUGGCGGCCCGCGCGCGCGCCCCGCGUCAGAACACCGCCAGCCAGCGGUCCUGCUGCGCGCGAGGUCGUACGUGUGCGUGCGUGUGUGGGAGCCGUGUCGUCGUGUCCGUGCGUCCGUGCACGUGCGCGUCCGUGCGGGGCAGUGCAACCAUGUGGCCGUGUUAGUGUACGUGCUUGUGUGCGUGUGCGCGUGUGUGUGAUUUUGUGACACCUCAAGCGGAUACCUGGCCAUGGAUAGCGGCCGCUAACACGACCGUCGCCCGCCUCCCUCCCACAGUGGCCGCCCCGGAGUACCCCUUGGGGGCCCCCGUGGGGCCGGGGGGCCCGGGUGCUCUUGUCGGCGUCCCCUUGCCGACGUGCUACCCCGCGGACCUCGGCGGCCCCGUGCCGGUCGUCGGCGCCCUGGGCUCCCUGGGCACCGGGGCCGGGGCCGGCGGGGUGGGCAGCGCCCCCGCGGCCACCGGCAGUCACUCGGCGGCCAGCAUGAGCCAGCUGGGCACCGUAUACGCCACCAAGCGCCGCAGGAGAAACGGCAAGAGUUUGAAACCCCCACCAAAGGAUGGAGUAACCAAGAGCAACCCCAGCAAGAGGCACAGAGAACGGCUCAACGCAGAGCUGGAUACGCUAGCCAACCUCCUUCCUUUCGAACAGAACAUCCUCUCCAAACUGGACAGGCUCUCUAUCCUAAGGCUCUCUGUCUCUUACCUCCGGACCAAAAGUUAUUUUCAAGUUACUAUGCACAAAGACAAAGAAGAUCCCCACUACAGAAGUCGAGGGGAAUUAACAGCAUACGACCACACUCCACUGGACGGUGAUAUGUUCCUUCAGUUUCAGUCGGACAUCGUGCACCAGAGCGUGUACGAGCUGGUGCACUCGGAGGACAGGGAGGAGUUGCAGCGACAACUGCUGUGGAACUCGUUCCUGCCGCCCGAGUCCUCCGGGGUGAGCCUGACGGAGGCGCUACAACCCGACAACUCGCACCUGCUCGAGCGGUCCUUCACCGUGCGCUUCAGGUGCCUGCUGGACAACACCUCGGGCUUCCUUAGGCUGGACAUUCGCGGCCGCGUCAAGGUGUUGCACGGCCAGAACCGCAAGACAGAGGAGCCUCCCCUGGCGCUGUUCGCUCUCUGCACGCCGUUUGGUCCACCUUCGCUACUCGAGGUGCCGCAGAAAGAGGUCAUGUUCAAGAGCAAGCACAAGUUGGACCUCACCCUGGUGUCUAUGGACCAAAGGGGUAAGCUUUUGUUGGGCUACUCUGACUCGGAGCUAGCCAACAUGGGUGGCUACGACAUGGUGCACUACGAUGAUCUCGCGUACGUGGCCAGCGCACACCAAGAGCUGCUCAAGACGGGCGCCUCCGGCAUGAUCGCCUACCGAGUACAAAGCAAGGACGGCAACUGGCAGUGGCUGCAGACGUCCUCGCGCCUAGUCUACAAGAAUUCCAAGCCCGACUUCGUCAUCAGCACUCACCGGCCACUCAUGGAGGAGGAGGGCCGCGACCUGCUGGGCAAGCGGACGAUGGACUUCAAGGUGUCGUACCUAGACGCCGGCCUCACGAGCAGCUACUUCACGGACUCUGAGCAGCUGGUGGGCCUGUCGCCGGUGGGCUCGAGCGGCUCGCCCGCCUCGUCGUCCUCGACCACGCCGACGCAGCGGGUGUCACGGCGCUACAAGACGCAGCUCCGGGACUUCCUCUCAACGUGCCGCACCAAGCGCAAGCUCAACGCGAGCGCGGCGUCCGGGGGCGGCGCAACCCCGGGCCAGGUCACGCCCACAGUGGACUACGUGGACUCGACGGCCGCCGCGGUGGCUGCCGCCGCCGCCUACUCCAACCUUAACCCGCUGUACUCGACGGCGUACCCGACCACGGGCGCGGCGGACAAUGGGCUGUCGUACAUGGGCCACUCCAACUACCAGCCGCUGUACGACAACCACAACCUGUUCCAAUACCGGACGCUCGGGCCGUACUACCCGACCGUGUCUGACUACCACUCUUCCUCGUACGUGGCCAACGGCUUCCCCGUGGGCUGCGGGCUGUCGGCCUACGGCGACCACCCGCAGCUGCCGCCGCCGCGGGUCCCAUCGGUGGGGGCGCCUGGCAGUGACUGCGACAAGCUCUACGCCCCCGAACACCACGAUGUGCGCCUGGCCAGCGCCGCCGCCUACCCGUCCAAGUGCCUGGACCUGGACCCAACGCGGACGUCGUACGACUCGUCGAGGCUCUACGCGACCGUAGUUCAGGACCAGCAGCAGUCGGUUGGAAAGAAGGUGGUCGUCAAAGAGUCGCACUCGACGGGGGCGUCACCAUCGCCGGGACCGUCGCCGUCGCACGUCAACGGUGUCACCCCCAAGAUGGAGGCGUCGGCGGGCGACCUGAAGCCGGACGUCGCCGGCAGCCCCUACCGCCAGACAGUGCUCAUGUGGGGCUCCGCGCCCGCGCCCGCCUCCCCCUCCCCGCACUCCAGCAGCCCCGGCGGGCCCGGUGGGGUCGCGCCCACCCCCAACGGCGGGGCCUCCGCGCCCGGCAACCCCCUCAAGUCUCUGGCUGAGAUGAACGUGGUGGCGCACGCGGUGCCCUCGCCGCCGCAGCCGCCCCUAACCCCGUCGUCCCCGCUGGCGCUCAAGGCCUACCAGUACGGCGGCUACGGCGCCGGGGACGGUGCGGGCGUGGUGGGCGCUGGCGUGGUGGGCGCGGGCGAGGUAUGGCAGCACCAUGCACAGUACUACCACCCCUACCACAACCCCCAUCCACCCCCAGGAGACUCGUCCGCGUAUCCUCAGAUAAGUCGCCCGGGAGUCCUCUGCUGUCCAUCGCUGAGGUGACCAACACCCUGCUCAACCAGUAACAAUGAGUGGCCGCCGGGCCAGUGAAGGGGCUGCGGCUGGAGGGGCGUCCCGAGCCGUCGUCCUCCACCACUUCUCUUCCGCUCUGACGCUGCACUACUUGGAUCGAAAAAAAGAAAGAAAUCUGCUGAAACAGACAUAACAAGCCUCCUGUGCGCCGACAGUGUUCCUUUACUUCAGCCCGUACCCCCUUCGUUUUCAUUUUAUGGGUAAAAUUGUAAUUUAAUCAAUUCAGUAGUGUGAGCAGUCCUGUGGUGGUGCACGUCCGAGUAAAAACCACGAGUGCGUUCCAGGUGAACGGACAAAAAGUUGUGUUCCAAGUUACCAAUUAAUUAAAUAAAUUAUUUGAACUCCACGGACGGGCCCGACGGGCCGCACACCUCCCUAGGGACACGGCGGCAGUGCCAAUACUUGGAGAGCAUUUAACUUGUUCAUUUGUUUGUUUGUUUUUAUUUCUAUGUUUUGUUUUUGUUUUUUGUUUAUUUUUAUACUGCUACGUGGACGCGAUGAACUUUCACUAUGUUUGUGCUGCCGACAAGCACACCUCUGGUACUUACGCAAAGGGCCCGCUGGAGAAGUCACCUAAGGUUUCGUAGUAAUGUACCUUAAGGUACUCUGAAGUUACGCCCUCGUAAAAUAAGUCCCAACAUGGGUUCAAAAAAAUGGCCCUUUGCCGGGUGUUGGGAUAGGUCCGAUGAUCCGCUUCCUUUGAGGAUGUGUGUGCGUGGCCUGCAGGAAAGUCGACGCCACGGGUGAACAGUGGUCCUCUGGGUUUGUAUCGGGGAGUGCCUGUCAGCCAAGGGAGUCUGGCCGGCCUCGGCGGGGACUAGUCGGACGCUAGUCAUCAACACACUCGUCCGGCAAUGACGUCCCCUUCACCAGGUUGUCAUAGUCGCUCCUGCACUCGUAAGGGUUCAAACAGAGUGUGGUUUACCUAACGAGAACAAAGUAGAAUAGCGGGUACAACAUUAAGGUUCCUGAUCGAGAUUACUCCUCCGUUGGUUCAUGCCGGUAUCUGGGCAAGGGCAACCCGUAUGGCGCCUUUUUGGGUAAGCCAACCCACCAAGCAUCUGUGUGAAGACGGCAGCCCACCCAGUGCGCCCUUAAGGCACUUAAAGGCUCGACCAAUCGGGGACCUGCAUGUUUUACCCACUAUCCUUCUUGGUUGUCGUUGGCUAAACCACACUAUCCUUAACUUUUACGAUAAUUUUCUUUUACAAAUUCUGGGCAAACACUUGUUUUGGAACUAUAUUGUAGUAAUCACGCCAAACGAUUACGACCAUUAUUGUACCUUUUGCACACUGACAUUUCGGAAUAAAAUGCUGCUCUUAAGUCGACGAGCGACGUUCAGUUCCACAGUGAAACUGAUUCCUCCUCGUCAUGAGAAUCGCGUUGGUGAAGGCGUUUUGUCAAGCUCGAGCGUGUCUUUCUUCUAAUGAAAUUUUCAUUUUUAUUUUAUUUUCUUCCAAAUUCAAUAGUUUCGCAGCGCAGAGCACUUAUUUAAAGUGUGGGUGUGCUUUGAUGACGUGUCUUGAGGUUCCAACACACGAGUUUGAUAUAAUAUAACUAGAUCCACGAAAAUUGAAAAGCAUUCAGUAAGUGUUGCCAAAAUGUAUUGUAAAAUUUUGAAAUGAAUACUGUGUGGCAAGGUCAAAAAGGUUUUGUAUCUUCCUCAUCUAAUUCUGCUCUCAAUCCAGUGUUAUGUCUUGCUUGAAGCCUCGAUCAUCUAUAGCACAUCUACCGAAUCUGCUGAGUUGAGCAACAGACUGAAAAGGCCAAAACAUGAACUUCUAAAAAAUGUCAUGGUAUUGUGCUCGCUGGUCAACCCGUGUUACAAUUAUUAUGAGGUAGUAAAAAUAUGAGUCAUUUAAAUGCCCUUGCGCAGUUUUAAGAGCAUGUCUGUGAGAAUGUGUGUCUGUUUUAAUCUGCUGUGACUUGAUUGCAAAAUUUUCAUUGUUUUUCUUUUUGUACCUAUUUGAUAAGUUUUUUGUGUCAGAAAGUAUUAAAACCUUGUAUUGCUAUGAUUCAUUAUUGUUUUUUUCUGUGAUAUGUCAAAAGUAUGAAUAAUAUUAAUAGACACAUUUAUUUAAAAAAAACUUGUACAGUAUAAAUACAUUGUUGUGUUCCUUGGUGUUGAAUUUCUUCCGAUAAACUAUAGUUAAUGCUUACUCUAAUAAUGUGCGUAAUUUUUGUAUUAUUAUCCU